AUUUCGUUGACGACAUUGUGACAUAAAUCGUUCACAUAUAGAAUGAAAAUAAUCGCAGUGUUGGGUGAAAUUUUGUAUAGACUAUUUUGAUAUGGAUGAAUUGACUCGAAGAUCAAAUGUUGCGUUCUUUCAAGAAGAUGGCUCUCAAUCAGAAGGACCCGUGUCGCCUGGAGUUUACAUUCCUAAAAAUAAAAAAACUCAUCGUUUAAAACAAAUAACGCGACGGUCAACGCGUAUCAUUUCCAAGAAUGGCGAAUUCAACAUAGGAAUUGAUCGACAACCUAACACGAAAUACCGCAUCACGAACUGGUUCAUUACCAUGGUGGAAGCAAGGUGGCGUUGGACUUUGCUUAAUUUUUUCUUGGCAUUUACCGCUGAUUGGUUAUUCUUCGGCACUGUUUACUGGCUUAUAGCUUUGCGACACGGAGACUUAGAAGAAGAUCAUUUACCUACUUACCAAAAUAGCACCAACUGGAUUCCUUGUGUCGAAAAUAUCUACGGGUUUACCUCAAGCUUCCUAUUCAGUAUUGAGGUUCACACUACAGUGGCCUACGGAAAUAGAGCUAUAACGCUAGAAUGCCCACAGGCAAUUAUUGCCAUGUGCUUACAAUGUAUACUCAGUUCCAUAUUCCAAGCGUUUAUGGUAGGGAUUUUGUUUGCCAAACUAACUAGACCCAAAGCCAGAACACAGACUAUACUAUUCAGCAAGCACACUGUAAUUAGUUUAAGAGACGAAAAGUUUUGUUUAGUUUUCCGAGUUGGUGAUAUGAGGAAAUCAAGAAUACUCAAUAUAAACGCUCUAGCUUAUAUAAUAAAGAUGGAUAAUAACGUUUUGUGUUUAAAGAAUUUUGACCAGAUAGAAUUGAAAACUGAAUUGGAUGGCAACGAAUCUUCGUUCUUUCUGUGGCCAGUUUCCGUUGUUCAUAUCAUUGAUGAGAACAGUCCGUUGUACAAAAUAUCCGCAGCAGAUUUGCUUUGUGGGAAGAUUGAAAUUCUAGUAGUGUUUGAAGGGAUGAUUGAGACGACGGGUCAGCCUGUUCAGGCGAGAUCGAGUUACACGGAGCAUGAUAUGCUGUGGGGUCAUAGGUUCGUUCCUAUGGUCAAUUUUGUUGAAAGUAAAAAUAUAUUUGACGUGGACUUCUCGAAGUUAAGUUCAACGGAGCAAAUUGAUACUCCAUUGUGUUCUGCAGCUGAAUAUGAUCAAGCUGUAAAUUAUGCAAUCAGUUCUCAGGAUAGCUCCUGACUAUUCCAACUAUUGUUCCUGAGAGCGAAGUCCUUCAAGAAGAUGGAUUAGUGCUACAAGACGAGAUCCCUCAAGAAGAUGGUUCAGUUCAACCCCGAUUGACUUGCCAACUCGGAGGCAACGCUCUCUGCACCACACACUGCUUGAUGCUAGGCUACAAGCGCGGCGUCUGUGGUAGAGACAAAGUCUGUCGCUGCUAUAGGAGUUAAAUUUUAUAAUCUCAUCAUUAUCAUCAUUGAUAUUCAUUUAUUAUAAGAACAUGUUUCACCACUUGCAAAUUAUGAGACUUUAUUGUCAUGUUUCUUUUAUGUCACUAUCCUAUUUCCUUUCUGUAUUCAACUUCAUCUUCAACAUUUUCAUCUUCUGAUAUUUGUGUUGUAAUUAGUUUAAGUCUCCAAGCGAUCAAUAAAGCUUAAUUCAUUAAAAUUUUCUUUAGUAAUUUUGAACUACCUC